AUGGUGCGCACGAAACAGACAGCUCGCAAAUCCACGGGUAGAAGAGUCCCCCAACAAGAUAAGGACAUCUUUCUGUCCGAUGUCCAGCGCCUGCUCGAGCACGAACCGAAAGUGCUGGCCCUUAUACUCAUGAAGAACAUUUCUGAAGACAAGGGAAAUGGCCUGUGCGGAGAAAUGUUACGACGAUACGGUCGACCAAAGGUCGGAGAUUUACUCAAGCAAGUUUUGGAGGAUCCUGAAUCCGCAAAGAGUGCGACUCUCGGCAGCGCGACUCUGAAAGCUGCUAGCACAGAGAGGAGCGACGGUAACGACAAGUUUGACCAGAACAACGCGAGUAACAGGAGCGACAGUCACUCCGGAGACACGGGUGAAAGCAGCGAUGAGGACGUGGUGUUUGUCAGUGCCAAGCGCGUUAGUGAAAGUAGAAGUGAUGAAAGGCCAUACAAAAGAUCGCGUGGGAACAGCUAG